GUUCAAACGCAAACGAUUCCUCAUUAAUUCCCUGCUCUUCUCACGCGGAUGCCAGCGUGUUUUGAUCGCGGUUUUUUCCCCCCAUGGAGGACUGAGAUCAAACGCUGAACAGCAGAGAUGUUAGGAAUAGGAAAACAAGCCAGGCGAGUGGGAAAGGAUCUGAUCUAAUCUGAUCUGAUCCGAUCUGCUUAUAUCUGAUGUGUCUUUGUGAGGUUUUUUUAUAUGUCAAUGCGAUCGGUGUGAAUGUGGCGCGGAUGCUGGGAGCACAAAACUUCAGGCACAAACACAGCUGUUUGGGGAUUCUCGGGUGAAAAUGAUCGAGGUUGCGAUGGACAUCUGGAUACAUCUGGAUAGAUUGGUGGCGAGAAAGAAUCAAAGACAAAGUCGCGCUGUGGAAACAAUAUAAAAACACUGAGCUGUUGUGGCAGGGAUCAACUGAUGCAACCAUUCCAGUGGUGUUACGUGUGCUUCUGCAGUUUGGGAUUGAUCUUCUCCAAUAAGUCGUGCACUAUGCCACCCGUGACGUUUCAGGACCUGCCACUCAACAUCUACAUGGUGAUCUUUGGGACAGGGAUCUUCGUCUUUGUGCUCAGCCUCAUAUUCUGUUGCUACUUUAUAAGUAAGCUGAGACACCAGGCACAAAGUGAGAGGUUUGGAUAUAAAGAGGUCAUCUUGAAAGGAGACACGAAGAAGCUGAACCUUCAUGGGCAGACGUGUGCCGUGUGUCUGGAGGACUUCAGGGUGAAGGAUGAACUGGGAGUGCUGCCGUGCCAACAUGCCUUCCACAGGAGGUGUGUGGUGAAGUGGCUGGAGGUGCGGUGUGUGUGCCCCAUGUGUAACAAGGCCCUGGGUGGAGGAUCGGAGCAGCACCACAGUAUUGGCACGCUGCUGGACGAGCUGGUCUAGAGGAGACCAGAAACGGUUUGGGAAUGAAGAGAUGCUUUAUGAUAUCGAUCGAAAUCUGACUCAGAGAGACGCUGAGAGGCUUUCCGUCUGACGCGGGCCUCGUCUCAAACUGGAACUGGGAGUAACCGUAGGAGAAACAUCUGCUGAAGAAGAAGGAGCUGAGAUGAUCCACACACAUUCCAGUGAUGUUCUGUACACUGCCACUUAACUGAACACUGCCACUGAGGAGAUUGGGACGGUUGUACACGAUGCUGUGUGUGUGUGUGUGUGUGUGUGUGUGUGCGUUAUCACUAACUCCAGCUACAUUCUCACAAACUGUCUCUCAGAAACACCAGCACGGAUUCAUGAUUAUUUUCUUUCUAAUCUUUCUAAACUUGUAACAAACUUAUGAUUUUGCUAGGAAUUAGCUAGGGUUUUUUCUGUUUUCAGGCUUCUGUUGACAAUAUUCUGGACCAGAAAUUAGCUCCGCCCCUAGACACAUCUCUCUCUUUUGUCCUACAGUGCUAUUCAUGAGUUAUAUAAGGCUGAGAAGAAGAAGAAGAUGAUGAUGAUGAUGAUGAUGAUGAUAGCUUGUUGCAAAGGUUUUUCAACUGUAAUUCAAUGCAAGACAGAAGACAGCUCUAUAAAUCACUUACUGCUUCUUUAAAGCCAGCUUUUCUUAUAACAGCACUCGAUUCUAGAUACAAUAAUAUAAAUCUUUUAGGGAAUACGAACACACCGUAUGAGCAAAAUGGCCUCUAAGCAUAAGUUAACUCAAAUUCUAGCCUAAUUCUUUAGCUAAAUCAUGCUUAGCAGCCAUUUUUCGCAUGUUUUCGUAUACCGUAAAAUCUUUAUUUUCAUUGACCUUCUUCCCAAAGGUGGAAGAAUGGUCCAAAAACUACUUACUUUUUUAAUUUUAAACAAACAACCACUUUUAUGUGUUGUACUGCUUUACUAAUGAGGUUAAGAAGAAACUAGAUCAAAAUGUUUCAUGGAAUACAAAAAACCUAGCUAAUAAACACACAUUGAUUAUUUUCUAGCAGAAACAGGACAAAUCCAUCGGAAAUAUCGAUGUUUACCUCAGAAGUGCUGGUAAAUGACUAAAAAAAUGCUUCUGUAAGCCUAAAAUUACACUGUAGUUACAUUUAGCAUUGAUUGCUAACCAAUUCAUGUUGAGAAAACACAACAACUCCUGAACUGGAGGCUGUCUUAAACAUUUCACCAGCAAAGUAAUGGAUAUUUAAAGAGUGUGCUGUGUAUGUGGACGUAUCUUGAAAACACAGUAAAUACACAACCUCCAUUUUGACCCAGAACCCUUCAUGUAGGAUAUGUUGUUGCUAGGCAACUUGGAAAGCAUAAACCAGCUAGUGGCUGAGGCUAGCUAGCAGAUUCGGUUAGCUAGAACGUAACAGGUCCUUUUUUUUUUUUUACGGAUAAUCCAAAGACAAAAAGCCAGCAGAAAUGAGACUGUCAGGAAUAUCAACAUUUCACUCAGAUGUGUUGGUAGAUUACAAAUAAAAAGCUUUAUACAGGUAUAAUAACCAUUGCUAAAUUGCUAGCCAGUGAAAUCUUAGCAAAGUAAAGAUCUUGCAUAUAGUCAUGUUUAUCAAAUAUUUCAGGAUUAUAAGAUCACAAUAAUUUAAUAUAUGAUUAUUAAACCAAUUUCAAGUGGUUUUCCAGCUAUUAUUAGAUUUAGUUUUUAAUUUUCAAGUUUUUGUUUUCCAGAAAAAAAUUAGCUGCCAAUGUGCAAAAGAAUUCAAAACAAUAUUAUUAAGAAAUAUUUGAUAGAUUUGCCCAUAUUUAAGAUCUUUUUUUGCAGUGUUGAGAGAUGUCAUGGACUCCUGAACUGACCGAUUUACAAUUCUUUGUGGUUUUUUUGUUGUUGUUUUUUUUUUUUGUGAUUGUGAAUGUCAGAAAAGUGGUCCUUUGUAAUAAAGAAAGAAAGAAAAAAAAGAAGGAAAGAAAGAAAGAUGAACACACCCUGAUCUGAAUGUAGCAAAACAAAAAAAAUCAGUGUUCUGCUUCUUUUUUAUAAUUAAUAGUGAAAUAUUUGUAAAGUAUAUGUAAAAAUAAAUAAAAAUAAAUAAAUAAAAAAUGGGAGGUUUAUCGCCCAGCUUUCGUUCCUGUGGAAUUCUCUGAAUUCGGCACUGAAGUGUGUUGAAAUGUCGUGUGAGAUGGGUUGGAAUACACCGCUCAUGUGUGUAGGAACUUUUUUCUCUCUUCGUGUCCUUGGGUUUUGUAACAUAGUUGAUAUUCAUGUUGAAACAUUUUAUUGUUUAUGUCGGUGUUUGAGAAUAAAUCAGAACUGCAAUG